AUGGCAGGUCGCCCUUUGCUCCUGCUGCUGGCACUGAGCCAGGCGCACAAGCAGCUCCAGUGCGAGGACUGCACGCACCGUCCAGAUGAGACUUCGAUGCUGCAAGCCCAGCAAGCCCAGAGGCAACAUGCGGGGCACCAGCUUCCUCAUGUGGAGGCGACUAUUCCUUCAAGGCUUCUGAACACGAAGGACGGCCGCUUGAGCCAUCAUAGCCACACUCACGCAAAGGUGGUAGACGACACCGACUAUCGAGAAGACGCCCGGGUCAGAGGAGAGCAAGCCAUGAAGCAGAGCCUGGACGAGCGAUGCUCUCUGAAGCGAAUGACGCUCGAAGAGGUUCACCAUCGGUGGGCCGAGCUGGUAGCUGCGGAGAAGGCCAAAGUCGGCCAUCUGACGAUGGACAAGAUGGAGGACCUGCGGUUUGCCUUCAACUCGGUGCUGAACAACAAUCAGCCGGUAAUGGUUCAGGAUGUGCCAAGGCAGCUGGGCUGGCACGCUGCAGGGCACUGGGGUGCUGAAGAGCUGUCCAAGUUCCUGGGGGACCACCAAUGGGAAAGGCAGUCCUUCGACUAUCCUGACUGGAUCUUCGGCCUGAAGAACUACACAUCCUUGUCUGGUUACCUGAAGAGGCAUGAGAGUUCCACGAACGUCUUCCUCUUCGCCAGUGAGCCUGGGUGUGACGAGAACAAGGUGCUGAAGAGCACGGUGGAUGUCAUUCGAGGCCACAUCACCCCGAGCCCGGACUUCGCCUAUGGCCCUGAGUGGUGCCAGGCGAUUAUCGCCAUCGACGGCAUAGGAGCCUCUCACGGAUUCCACAAUCACGACCCCGUUUGGAACGUGCAAGUCACAGGCUGGAAGCAGUGGUGGCUGAUGCCUCCGCACAGCAAGGCGAACUGGCAGAAUGAGUUCGGCAUGGAAUGGGGUGGUGCGCCUCUUACAGCAGAUGGCACUCCUUUCGAGAUGCCCAACGGAUGUGCCAUGGUGAAGCAGGCGACGCCCCCGCCUGGUACCCAAAUGUGCGUCACAGGGCCUGGGGAGAUGAUCCUGCUGCCGGACAGCUGGAUCCACGCCACCUGCGGGCUCACAGAGUUCACCGUGGGAGCAGGGGGGUGGCUGGGCGGCCCCGCCCGACACGACCACGGCCACCCAGACAAGCCCAUGGAGAAGUGA